AUGGCAGCGCCGCUGCGCCUCGAGAUUUCCGGCCUAACACUCUCCGAAGACUCCAUCGAGGCGGGGAGAGAGGUCUGGGUCGAGGCCGAAAUGCUUGGUCUGGCCACCAAGGCGCAGCUGAGCACAAUGCGGCAGCCGUCCGAUGCUUCCGUAGUCUUUGAUUUUGCGUUCGAGGUGUCGGCUGAUGCUGCGUCAGCUGCUUUGCGAGGAGCCAUUGAGAGCGCAGACGAGGAAGACGCCGACGUCACCUUCACUCUCCUCUCGCCCGGUGCCAGGAAGAAGCCGAGGGAGCUCGCCAGCGGCUUCAUCAACCUCAAGGGAAUUCUAGAGGAGGGACGCGACUUUUUGUCCGAUGUGCCACUCACAGAUGGGAGCAGGGCCAUCGGAACGCUCACCGGGGUCCGCUUGGUCGCAGUUGAGGCGCUCAAGGUCGCAGCUGAGGCGCUCAAGCUCUCGCUGCCAGAUGCCAACGCCGCUCCUGCGGCUGGGGAGUUUAUUCGCGGGGGAGAGAUUGAGGAGGCCAUAGCCGAGGAGGUGCACGAGGAUGAGGACGCCUCUGGACACCGUGCUGGUGGGGAUGAGGGGCAAGGCAGUGAGGAGGAAGCAGGCGGUGCAGGUGGGGAUGAGGCUGGCGGUGCCGGCGGAGAGGAGGCUACAAAGGGCAGCGAGCCUGUCGAGACAAAGAGGGCCGUGAGAGCCGGUGACAGUGGCAUGCGGAGCGGAGGGUCGGAGCAAGCGUCCUCAGUCCACGACAUUGUCGACGAGAUGUCGGACUUCAUUAUUGAGCAGGGGAUUCAGAGCGUGGCUGCGCAUGGCGUACUGUGCGUCUCUGCUCUCUUUUCGAACCCGGGGGCGAACCAGCUCUCCUCGUUGAUUCUCCGCGCAUCAGAACUUUCAUCCCUCACCGCCCUCGACCUCUCCUUCUGCCUCGCGUUGCGCGGCUACGCCCUACGUGAUGCGCUGAUUAAGCUCCCAUCUCUCACGUCGCUCGAUGCGUCGGCCUGCGAACUCGGCGACGUUGGAACCUCGAACGUAUCGGAGGCUGUCCUGCAGCCGAAUCUCAAGCUGUUGACGCUCCGCCUUAGAGGUAACCGCAUUACUGCGAAAGGAGCUCGCGCUCUCGCGCGCGGGCUGGCUCGCACCACGUCGCUGCUCACGCUCGACGUGAGCGACAACGAGCUGGGUGACGCGGGACUCGCGUUUCUCGCCACCGGGCACGGCGAUGGGCUUGCCGUGCCGUCAAUACCGGCGGAGCAGGCGGCGAAAGACAUUCCUGCAGGCCUCGCAAGCAACUCUUCCCUCACCGCGCUCCUAUCCAGCAACAACCGAUUCGGCAGUGAGGCGCUCCAACAGCUCGCAAAGGGUCUGCUGUCGCAAAACCACAUCUCGACUCUCGACCUCGGCGUGAAUCCAUUUGGAAGCUCGGCGCAAGGCACAUCCGGCGAAGCAAAGGAGCGCAGUCCGGUCAGCAUCCUCGCCUUCGGAGACGCCUUGGGGCGGACACCCCUCCGCUCGCUGCGGAUGCAGUACGUCCAUGCGGGGGCGAACCUCGGCAGCUGUGUCGGACGCGCCCUUGGCGGAUCCGCCCCCGGUGCACUCCGCCAGCUCAAUUUGCAGGGGUCGCCUCUGUCUAUUGCAGGAAUGCGCGCGCUCGUGACUGGCCUCUCUACGGCCAGUGUCGAGCUCUUGAACCUUGAAGGCUCGCUCCGCGACGCAACGGCGGCCCUCAAAGAGCUGUGCAGCUGGCUUGCCCAGGCGGGCGGCUCUCUGCGACGUCUCAAUCUUGCCCACAACAAGAUCGCCGCAGCGGACGCCCGAGCAAUCGCCGAGGCCCUCGCAACGAACACGAGUCUGCAAGACCUGGAUCUGGGCGCAAAUCCGAUCGAACCUGACGGAGUGCAGAGCUUCUGCGCCGCAGCCACAGCGAAUGCGUCUCUGCGCAAACUCGGCCUAUCGUACGUCCACACGGAUGCCGCCUGA